AUGGUGCUGUAUGUAUACUUCUUGCUGUCUGGGCUAUGCCAAAUUGAAUAUGCAUAUGCCAAAGCGCUUUGGGCGACAAAGCCAGCGAACAACUUCACAGACGUAAUCAGGACCGCGUAUCCGGUUGGCAAUGGAAGAUUAGCUGUACUCCCAUUCGGCACUCCCGGGCAUGAGAAACUCAGCCUGAACGUAGACUCUUUAUGGAGCGGAGGCCCGUUCGAGAACUCGAGCUACAAUGGAGGCAAUCCUCGGUCUGCUGUGUCGUCAGCACUGCCAGGCAUUCGUGACUGGAUCUUCAAGAAUGGCACCGGCAAUGUGACUGCUUUGAUGGGAGAUAACAACAACUAUGGAAGCUACGCUGUUCUUGGAAACUUGUCCGUCUCGGUCGACAACAUAUCAAACUUCACGGCAUACAAUAGAUCCCUCGAUCUGAUGACUGGUGUGUACACAACGUCCUUCGAGGCGAAUGGCAGUAGAUAUACAAGCAAGAUAUAUUGUUCCUAUCCAGACAGCGUUUGUGUCUACCAGCUGACCUCUCGCGACUCGUUACCGACUAUACACGUCUCAUUCGAGAAUCAACAGUCCAACGCUUCCCUGGUCAGCUCCUCAUGUUCGACUUCCUCUAGAACUGCGUCGUUCCUGGGUAUUACGCAAGCGGGUAUUGGCAUGUUUUAUCGUGCCGAGGCCAGAGUUGUUGGCAAAGUCGCAUUACUCUCCUGUUCCUCAGGCAUUCUCACAGUCAGACCAAGCUCGAAACAACAGUCUCUGACUCUUGUGAUUGCAGCCGGUACAAUUUAUGCAGAGAGCGAAGGAACUGUAGCGACCAACUUUUCGUUCAAAGGUCCAGAUCCUGGUGACUACAUCACCACCGUCGCAGCUUCAGCAGCAGCAAAAGGAUCUAAAGCAUUAUUACGGCGUCACAUUGCUGACUAUUCCGCCUUGUCCUCACGUUUCAUACUCAACCUCCCAGACACAGCUGGAUCAGCAGGAAAACCAACGGCAGAGCUUAUAGCCGCCUACCAAGGUGCUGAGAACAUCACUGGCAAUCCUUACUACGAAUCUCUACAAUUCGACUACGGCCGGCAUCUAUUCAUUUCCUCCUCACGUCAAAACUCACUUCCACCAAACCUGCAAGGAAAAUGGGCGUAUGGACUUGAGAACGCCUGGGGUGCUGACUAUCAUGCCAACAUCAACUUGCAAAUGAAUCAUUGGGGAGUAGAACAAACUGGACUGGGCGAACUGCAAGAGGCAUUGUGGCGCUACAUGAAUGAAACAUGGGUACCUCGAGGCACUGAGACUGCAAAGCUACUCUACGAUGCUCCAGGUUGGGUGACACACGAUGAAAUGAAUAUCUUCGGCCAUACUGGUAUGAAAACAGGAGACGAAUAUUGGGCAAACUAUCCCGCGUCGGCAGCUUGGAUGAUGUUGCACGUCUCCGAUCACUUCUCUUAUUCUCAGGACGUGGACUGGCUGCGCAGUACGGGGUAUCCGCUACUCAUAGGCGUUUCUUCAUUCUGGUUGAGUCAGCUACAAGAAGACACAUGGUUCCACGACGGAAGUCUAGUGGUUAACCCCUGCUCUUCCCCUGAACAUGGGCCUACUACCUUGGGCUGCGCUCACUACCAGCAACUCCUCCAUUCUCUGUUUACGAACACCAUCUCGUCCGCUAGACUUCUCAACAUCUCAUCUUCUUUCGUCUCUUCUCUCACCCACGCACUCAAGAAUCUAGACACAGGUCUUCAUAUCAAUCCCGACCUCCACACCAUCCAAGAAUGGAAGAUCACCUCUCUAGACACCACCUACAACUUCAACUCCACCCACCGCCAUCUCUCCCAUCUCGUAGGCUGGUAUCCAGGCUCCUCUAUCUCUGGCCUCCUAUCCGGCUACACCAACACCACAAUCUCCACCGCCGUCCGCAACACCCUUUUGAUUCGCGGCCCCGGCAUAGCAGACGCAAACGCCGGCUGGGAAAAAGUUUGGCGCUCAGCCUGUUGGUCCCGUCUCAAUGCCUCCUCGGAAGCUUACUCUGAACUCCUGCUCACUAUAUCCCAAAACAUUGCUUCCAAUGGAUUAUCCAUGUAUUCAGGCAAAAACGAACCGUUCCAAAUCGAUGCGAACUUUGGAUAUGUGGGGGCGGUGUUGGCGAUGUUAGUGACUGAUAUUGAGGAGUUGGAGCAUGUUAUUUUGGGACCGGCAAUUCCGAGGGAGUGGGGCGGGGGUAGUGUAGAAGGGUUGAGGGUUAGGGGUGGUGGAAGUGUGGCCUUUCGAUGGGAUGGGGAGGGAGUGGUGAGGUCGGCGAAGUGCGUGGGUGUGAAGAGGAAGGUUGUCAAUCUUGAAGGGAUCGUGUUGUGUUAG